CAAAAAGAGAAAAUAUAAUAUGAAGAAGCAAGUCUGUUCAAGUGCUCUCUUUGUCUCUUUUCUUUUUCUUGCUACAUUAUGUUUAAGCAUUGAAGCUCAGACUUGCAAGCCUAGCGGCAACAUCAGAGGGAGAAAGCCUCCUCCAAACCAAUGUAAUCAGGAGAAUGACUCCGAUUGCUGUGCAGAUGGCAAGCUUUACCCCAUUUUCAAAUGUUCACCUGGAGUGACCGGCCGCACAAAAGCAACCUUAACAUUGAACAGCUUUGAGAAAGGUGGAGAUGGCGGAGCACCGUCAGAAUGCGACAACCAUUACCACUCAGAUGAUACACCUGUGGUUGCACUUUCAACUGGAUGGUAUAAUCAUGGGAAUCGAUGCUUAAACUUCAUAAAUAUCCAUGGCAAUGGAAAGAGUGUCAAGGCCAUGGUAGUUGAUGAGUGCGACUCUACGAUGGGAUGUGAUUCUGACCAUGACUACCAGCCUCCUUGUGCUAACAACAUCGUGGAUGCCUCGAAAGCAGUUUGGAAAGCAUUAGGAGUUCCUGAAAGCGACUGGGGUGGGAUGGAUAUUUACUGGUCAGAUCAAUGUCGCCCUAGCGGCCAGAUUAGGGGAACGAAUCCUCCUCCGGACCAAUGCAACCAAGAGAAUGAUUCGGAUUGUUGCAAAGAUGGCAAGUACUACACGACUUACAAAUGUUCACCACUGGUGUCCAGCCACACAAAAGCAACCCUUACCCUAAACAGCUUUGAGGGAGGCGGAGAUGGCGGUGCGCCGUCAGAAUGUGACAACCAAUACCACUCAGAUGAUACACCUGUGGUGGCACUCUCAACGGGAUGGUACAACCACGGGAGCAGGUGCUUAAACUACGUGAACAUCCAUGGAAAUGGUAAGAGUGUGAAGGCCAUGGUAGUUGAUGAGUGUGACUCUACAAUGGGAUGUGAUUCUGACCAUGACUACCAGCCUCCGUGUGCUAACAACAUCGUGGAUGCUUCAAAAGCAGUUUGGAAAGCAUUAGGAGUGCCUGAAAGCGACUGGGGUGAGAUGGAUAUUUACUGGUCCGAUGCUUGA